CGCUGGCCGUGCCCACCGGGCUGCAGGUGGACCGCGUGGGGAACAGCUCCCAGGGCACCUCCCAGCUCUUCCUCACCACGGCGCUGGCCCGUGGCAUCUCGGGCGUCUUUGUGUGGACCGCCCUGGUGCUCACCGGCCACCAGGUGAGCCCUCCCCUGCGCGCUCCCUUGGGAACCACUCUCCGUGAGCCACAGCUCAGCCUGGCCCUGGCCGGCCCUACUGGGGCUGUGGGUCCACGAGCGCAAUGGCCUGGGUGCAGACCUCGGAGGCCUUCGGGCCAGAGGGGCAGCGCCCAGGGGCUCGCGGAGGCAGCAUCGGGCCAGGGGAGGGGGCAGGGGAGGGAGAGAUCUGGGCCCGAAGGUGGGCGGCCUCUUCCAGGCAGAGGGAAGAGCUCCAGCCAGGUGCCGGGCCCUUCCCCCGGGGCAUUUCGUCGGCCCCUCAGCCUGGUCACUGAGGUCAGCAGUACUGUCCCCUUUCACGGAUGAGAAGACUGAGGCUGGGAGAGGCCGGGGUCUUUCCUAGGCUCACGUAGCCCGGAGCAGAAAGGUCCUUCCCCUCCAGAGGUGCGGCAUCCCCGGGAAAGCUGGUGAGGCUGGGACGUGGCUCUGUAAGGAGUGAGACCAGGCUCUGGGGGUGGAAGCAGGGUCAGAGCUUGGCUGGAGGGGCCCAGAGCUGGGGAGAUGCAGCGGUGCCAGGCCUGGCAGCGAGAGCCAGGGGGCGGGUGACAGGAGGUGGCGCCCGAGUGCAGGGCUGGGCAGAGGGGUCCCGAGCAUCUCAGGCAGCAGAGGGUCUCGGGAGUCCAGGACUGCGCCAGAGAGACACGAGCAGAGCUGGGAGGGAGAGGGCUGCCUGGGCUGGAGGCACCCGGGACCUGUAGGAGGGGCCUCCGGCAUCAUGUGGGAGUUUGGCUUUCAGCCCGGGGGUGCUGGAGCCAGGGGAGGCUGUCGUUGCGGGGAGCUGAGAGCAGAGCUGCUGGCAUGACUUGGCUGGCAUUGUCAUAGGGACUGGGUUGGAGGGGUGAGCCAGGAGACUGGCUGGCAGGGAAGCAGGUGGCCAGAGGCCUCCGAGGCAGGGCGGUACCCUCUCAGUGAGAGCUGCCUGCUGUGUGGUGCGUGUCCAGGUGUGGCCUCAAAUAACCAGAAUAUAAGGGGGACACGGCAAAUGUAUUAGUGGGCCGGGUGCAGCUGAGAGCAGCCGGAAGAGGUUGGGGCCAUCUGGGAGGCCUUCCUGGAGGAGGCAGCAUUUGCCCUGAGUCUUACCAAGCUGCCCUGGAGCAUCUGGACAGGUAGACCGGACAGGAGGGUGGUGCAUUUGCCUCUGCAGGGAAGCCAUGCCUUCCUCCCUGGUGGCAGAAUGGCUUUAGGUCUGGUGUCGGCUGUGAUUUGUGGGACAAGGAGCAGUAAGGGGGAUGGGCACCCAACGCCCUGGGUCCGGGCCAGUUCCAGCCACAGUCUGGGCCUUGGCUUGGUCCUCUGUCUCCUGCCCUGACCUUUUGUAAUCCUGGGUGCCAGCUGGGCACGUGUGUUUGGAGCCCAGCGUCCUGGGGCCCCACGGCCUGGACAGUGCUGAUGGAGACCCCAUGGGUGGUACUUCCCAGGGCCCACCCUCCUCCCCGCCCCCACCCGCACUCCCAUGGAGGAGUCCCACCCUCCCCACCCAUCCAGAGCUCAAUGGGACAGAGAGACUGGACCCUCACUUUAAAGACGGGGAACCAAGGACAGAGAGAACAGCGGCUUGCCAAGGCCCUCAGCCAGGCAGUGCCAGCCCAGGAGCAGAAGUCCAUCUCCUGAUAGCCGCUCAGGCCGUGCCCUCCCGCCGCACCAGCCGGGGAGGGAGUGGCUGAUAAGGAGCCUGACUGACGCCAGGCUGCCCCCGCCACUCCCUGUGCUGGGCCCUGAGAAGCUGGGUCUCUGCACACAGCCUGCCCUCUGCCUGCCCUCUCUCCACCUCCUCUCAUGGCACCUCUUCCGGGAAGCCUCCCAGAGUUGCUUGGGACUACAGCCAGCUACCUGUUUGCCUGGCUCCCCGGGGCCUCUUCCUUCCAAAGACCCUGUCACUGUUUUUUUUGUCCUCGUAGAAAAUGUGGACCAUCUAAGAAGAUCUACCUGCACCUGCGCUCCUACACCGUCCCCGACGAGCAGCGCUACAUCAUCCGCCUGCUCUUCAUCGUCCCCAUCUACGCCUUCGACUCCUGGCUCAGCCUUCUCCUCCUGGGGGGCCACCAGCACUACGUCUACUUUGACUCCGUGCGGGAUUGCUACGAAGCCUUUGUCAUUUACAGCUUCCUGAGCCUCUGUUUCCAGUACCUGGGGGGUGAGAGUGGCAUCAUGGCUGAGAUUCGGGGAAAACCCAUCCGGCCCAGCUGCUUCUACGGCACCUGCUGCCUUCGGGGCAUGUCCUACUCCAUCGGGUUCCUGCGCUUCUGUAAGCAGGCCACACUGCAGUUCUGCAUUGUGAAGCCCAUCAUGGCCUUGGUCACCAUCAUCCUGCAGGCGUUCGGCAAAUACCACGACGGGGACUUCAACAUCCACAGCGGUUACCUCUACGUCACCCUCAUCUACAACGCCUCCGUGAGCCUGGCCCUCUACGCCCUGUUCCUCUUCUACUUCGCCACCAGGGAGCUCCUGCGGCCCUUUGAGCCCGUCCUCAAGUUCCUCACCAUCAAGGCUGUCAUCUUCCUCUCUUUCUGGCAGGGGAUGCUUCUGGCCAUCCUGGAGCGGUGUGGGGUCAUCCCUGAGGCCCAGAUCAUCGAUGGGAGCAGUGUGCGGGCCGGCACGGUAGCCGCCGGCUACCAGAACCUCAUUAUCUGCAUCGAGAUGCUCUUUGCCUCCAUCGCCCUGCGCUACGCCUUCACCUGCCAGGUGUACUCGGAGAAGAAGGAGCGCUCGCCAGCCCCCACGGCGCCCAUGCAGAGCAUCUCCAGCGGCCUCAAGGAGACCGUGAGCCCGCAGGACAUCGUGCAGGACGCCAUCCACAACUUCUCGCCCGCCUACCAGCAGUACACGCAGCAGGCCACACACGAGGCCCCGGGACCCGGCCAGGGCAGGGACCCCUUGCCCAGCACCCACCCUGGCAUAGAUGUUGGCUCCAGCAGGGGCAGGAAGAGCCGCAACAUGGAGAAGAGGAUGCUGAUCCCCACGGAGGAGCUGUAGGGGCCCCGGGGUCAGCAGCCGCCUCCAGGCCGCUGGGAAAGGACAGGGCCCCUCACCCACCGACCGUCUUGCCAAAGGUCAGGCCUCUCCUAGGAGCCUCCUGCUAGGCCCGUGGAGCCCACUGCCCAUCCCACCUCUGGCCAGUGGAGCAGGUCGCUUGGUAGCCCUGCCAGGCGCCCCGGGGCCGCACCAUCGCCUGGUGGGCCCUCGGCCUCAGAAGAGGGCACCUGAGCCUACCUGACAAGCCCAGGGACCUGCCGGGCUCACCUGGCCAUCGGUUCGGGUGGCCUCCCUGGAUGGACAGCUCCCGGGCAGGGCUGGGCAGCCCGGAGCUGCGGGCCUUACAGGCAGGAGGGCUCCACACUGAGUGCAGGAGGCGGGGUGGCCCCGUGGAGGAAGGGCCGGUGUGGCUGCUGGGCGUCUGGGAGGGGCUGGGGCCACGGGUGGAGGGCUCCGGCUUCCCGGUGAACUACACUUAUUUAUGCAUAAACAGCCUGGGUUUUCUAGUGA